AUGGACAGUGGUACCAACAACUUCACUUCCAAUCCCAUGGUUUCCAUGGAAGCAAUGUACAAUGACGUCGAGCACGUGUUCAUGGCAGGGACAUUAUCACUCAUCAUGGCAGCGUCCCUCGUUGGAAAUGGCAUGGUCUGCUUCACAGUCUACAAAAAGCGAAGACUGCGCACGCGCAAUAACUCCUUCAUCAUCAACCUGGCCUUGGCAGAUUUAGGCGUGGUUGUAUUUUGCAUGCCCUUUUCUUUGAUCACGUGUCUUAAACACUACUGGUCACUAGGUGACGUCAUGUGCCAACUGAAUGGAAUUCUGAACAUUGUAUUUACCCAGACAUCUUUGCUAUCCCUGACAGCRAUCGCUAUCGACAAGUAUUGCGCAAUCGUAUGGCCUUUAAAGAAAGUUAUGACGGUUCGGCGUGCUUUAUAUUUGAUUAUGUGGACGUGGUUGCAGCCUGUUUUUAUUGCGGUUAUACCAUUUACUGGRCUGUACAGAUACAGGUUUAAACCAGGUACAACCCAGUGUGGACCAGAAUUCCCCCGUAACCUGAUACACAGCAUCUUUGGGGUGUUUGUGUGUGUCAUUGGGUACUUCAUCCCGCUAGUAAUUCUGGGAUACGUCUACUCUAAAAUYUUCCAUUCAGCSAAACAAAGUGARCGUCGUAUUAGUAGAGUUUCUAUUACCAGCGCYACAAGUUCAAACUCUUUAUCAACACAUAAGAAAGUGGCAAUAACUGUCAUGAUUCUUGUGCUUCUCUUCUUGUGUUGCUGGACGCCUUACUUUGCAUAUGUUAUCAUCAUCAUCGCGGAYCCRUYACUWGYYASAAACAMGCAUGUAUUGGCUCUCGGAAAAGCGAGCUAUUGGAUGGUGUUCUUGUGCUCUGCUCUUAAUCCUUACAUUUACGGCGCCAGGAAUCCACAAUUUAGGAAUGAAUUCAAGCUWAUAUURUGUUGUGUCUGUCCGUGUUUGGCUCGUAGAUUACGGGUCAAAGGUUGUGGUAUUGCAUCCAGCAGUAAAGGCUCAUGGGGUCGAAUGGGGGGCUCAAAAGAAUCAAAUAUARUUCAUAGAUAUGGGUUUGCUUAUUCGCCRUAUGAUCGUGGAGGAUCAUCCGAAGGACCGGUGAGCCUGAAUGAGUUCAACAUUGAACAACGUUAUGAUUUUGCCUAUUCRAGGAAAAACCAACAUUUCAUGGGACUCAAGMGAAAUCGUGCCCCAGGGGGGUGGAGACAUAAGAAAUUGAGUGACAGUAGCGUGUCUGAAAGCAACCAAGACGAUUCCACCACGGAAUGCAUGAGAAUUCAGACUUCGCUUGGCSUUCGACCAAAASCYUCUCUUCAGCUACGCUUUGAGUCUGAUCAAAUGCCAACAUCGMAAAUGUGYGACGACGAACUAAAUGGACAGCGGAUUCAUAGCUAUAGCAACCAUGUUAAUGUGGACAGUGACAUGCGCAGCCAAAGGAGCCAUAGCAACCACAGUAAUAACAGUAGCACGUGUAGYGAAAGGCGGUCAAGUAACUAUAGCAACAAUAGUAAUCACGAUCAAAGUUGCCAUAACAACUGUAACUAUAGAAACCACACUGACUSUUSCUGCAAAUUAACCGACGAGCAAACUCGUUGCUAUGUUAACAAAGGUACUGAUAAUAACAACAGCGAUAAAAACUGUUGYCAUAGYAACUGUCAAUCAGGGUCUAUUUUUAGAACGUUUAUGAAGGAAGUCAAUAGGUCGGACAGCACWAGAAGUAGGAGUUCCAAGUACAAGUGUAGAUGGAUAGAGAGCUCGGUGUAGUAUUUGUUAGCAUGCGUAGAUUGUUUGAAACCACAGACCACUGCCAACGCAGGCUAACCUCUCAGCAGAGUAGUGAUAUCUGAGAAGUAUACUUUUGUAAUCGGAGGUCUUUCGGAUAAUUCGGAACUAGUCCCUUUUGAACAAGUUAUGGCUUUUUGUAUGAGUAUCCUUUAGCCGCGAUCCCCUCGUCAGUUGUCCGAGAGAACAAUUUCUUAUCCGAUAAUACUUAUGAAGAUCUUAUUAGAACCAAAAAAAUCUUGUUCUUACAACACAAGAAAAUGUUAUUAGUUGUGGCGAAUGGAGAUGUUUCAAUGAUCUUCCGAGAACAACAAUUUUCAUUUAAAUAAAGUGGCACAAAGUUUCUGAUGUAUCAAGUAAAUAAAAAGUG